CCGAAGCAUUCUCUCUCUCUCUCUCUCUCUCUCUCUCUCUCUCUCAAUAACCAAGCUCGAAUCGAACAGCAAUGGCGCCUCCCUGCACUCGCUGGCACGCAGCAGUCUACUUCUCCAUGGCUGUAAUCUUGGCCUUCAUCGCAAUCUCCAUGACUCUGCGGUCACAACCCAACAACGAGUCCUCCCAAUCCAGACCCAUCAGCCGCUUCGUCUACCUCGGCGCCUCAAGAACUCUGAGACGAGCUGGCUUCACCGUCAUCGCCACCCUUCUCCAGCUCUCGCCGGAACUCUUCUUCUCCUCCGCAACCACCACCCUCUUUGCCAUCAAAGACUCCGCCAUCUCCAACUCCUCCCUCCCGCCACGCCUUCUCAAAAACCUCCUGCGGUACCACACUUCUCCUCUCAGGCUUUCCUUCGAACACCUUGUGAACAUGACUCAGGGUACUUGCUUGCCGACCCUGUAUCAGAACAAGAAGAUCGCAGUCACCAAAAUCGAUGAGAAGGAAAGAUCGGUGGAAAUCAAUCACGUGUUGGUGUCGCACCCGAAUCUGUUUCUUGACGGACCAAUUUCGAUUCACGGUGUUCUUGGCCCGUUCUCCGCUUUGGAUCCGAGAGAUGUUAAUCAGGGUUGGGAUAUUAUCCAAUCGCCUGCCUGUGAUGCCAAUUCCAAUAUGGUUUCUGAUGUUCCUGAUGCCAAGAACAUGGUUGAAUGGUCCCGGAUCAUCCGAUUGCUGAGCUCGAAUGGGUUCGUUUCUUUCGCUGUCGGGCUGAACUCUGUUCUUGAUGGGAUUCUUGGAGAUCAUAAGGGUUUGAAGUCUGUGACAAUCUUUCUUCCGCCAAGCUUGGAGCUUGAAGCGUAUCCUUCCCCUUUGCUCGAGAAGAUUGUGAGGUUUCAUAUUCUGCCUCAGAGGUAUACAACCAGAGGGCUCGAAUCGAUGCCUGCCAGAACACUGCUCAGGACCCUGCUUCAUGAUCAGCCUCUUGAGUUCACUGGGACUCUGGAUUUCAUGAAAGAAUUGGUCGUUAAUGGAGUGAAAAUCGUGGCACCUGAUAUCUUUUCUUCAAAUAGGUUUACUGUCCAUGGGAUCUCCCGAGCUUUUGAGCUGGAUCAUCUGCCUACUCCAGUGAGAUAACGUGGCUUCUAAUCAACGGGUGCCUGUAACAGUAUAACUCCGUCUCAUCCUCCUCAGCCAAUUCAUAUAUGAAAUCAUGCAAAAUCCAAACCUUACAAAUACUUCUAGUUCUAGAGUAACUUGAACCCUGAAUUACGAUGAAGGAUGAACUGCUGUACUUUUGUCUUUGGUUUGUGAAGCAGUAUGUGAUAAGAAGUGUAAAUCCUCAUUUGAUUCAGUGCAUAGUUAAAUCACUGACUCAAUAAAUAGUUAGUUUUCAGCCUCC